CGCUUACACACCAAGGAAGUUGGGCUUUGAGAAUUCCAUCCCACUACCUCUGAGGAGAAUCCUUCCCAUCUUGCUUCUCUAUCUCCCUAUUUUUUAGAAUUUUCUAUGUCACUCCAGAGGAUUAUGUUUCUUAUGAAGCCUUCUGUGUGCAUCUUUCUUUUCACCUGUGUCCUCCAACUCAGCCGUACCUGGUCAGUGAACAAUUUCCUGAUGACUGGUCCAAAGGCUUACCUGAUCUACUCCAGCAGUGUGGCAGCUGGCGCUCAGAGUGGUAUUGAAGAAUGCAAAUAUCAGUUUGCCUGGGACCGCUGGAACUGCCCUGAGAGAGCCCUGCAGCUGUCCAGCCAUGGCGGGCUUCGCAGUGCGAAUCGGGAGACAGCAUUUGUACAUGCCAUCAGUUCUGCUGGAGUCAUGUACACCCUGACUAGAAACUGCAGCCUUGGGGAUUUUGAUAACUGUGGCUGUGAUGACUCCCGCAAUGGGCAGCUGGGGGGCCAAGGCUGGCUAUGGGGAGGCUGCAGUGACAACGUGGGCUUCGGAGAGGCAAUUUCCAAGCAGUUCGUCGAUGCUCUGGAAACAGGACAGGAUGCACGGGCAGCCAUGAACCUGCACAAUAACGAGGCUGGCCGCAAGGCGGUGAAGGGCACCAUGAAACGCACGUGCAAGUGCCACGGCGUGUCUGGCAGCUGCACCACGCAGACCUGCUGGCUGCAGCUGCCCGAGUUCCGCGAGGUGGGCGCGCACCUGAAGGAAAAAUACCACGCAGCACUCAAGGUGGACCUGCUGCAGGGUGUGGGCAACAGCGCGGCGGGCCGCGGCGCCAUCGCCGACACCUUCCGCUCCAUCUCCACCCGAGAGCUCGUGCACCUGGAGGACUCCCCAGACUACUGCCUGGAGAACAAAACGCUGGGGCUGCUGGGCACCGAGGGCCGAGAGUGCCUGCGGCGCGGACGGGCCCUCGGCCGCUGGGAGCGCCGCAGCUGCCGCCGGCUCUGCGGGGACUGCGGGCUGGCGGUGGAGGAACGCCGUGCCGAGACAGUGUCCAGCUGCAACUGCAAGUUCCACUGGUGCUGCGCUGUUCGCUGCGAGCAGUGCCGCCGGCGGGUCACCAAGUACUUCUGUAGCCGCGCGGAGCGGCCGCGGGGAGGCGCUGCGCACAAACCCGGGAAAAAACCCUAAGGGUCUCCUCUCCUCCCUCCUUUCCCCAUUUGUUCUUGGCUUCUUUUACAGACCCCAGUAAUAGAGGAACCUAGGGAAUGGGGACCCCGCAUUCCCAAGCCCAGGGAUCCUGACAAUGAGAGUCUCUGCAAUCUCUCCAGAGCUUGCCACUUCCAACCUGUUUUCCCCAAUUCCUCUGCGCUCUGUCUGAAUCUUCCUCACAGCCACACUUAGGUCUGAGAACUCUGUUCUAAGAUUCUGUGCUAUUGGCCUUCCUUGGACUAGAAUGAAAAUAGGUGUUCCUCCUUCCCCCUCCUAGGUGUCCUAAAGCCUGACCUUAGCCUAUCAAGCCUUAGGAACUGGAAGAACACUUCUCAGACAGGAGGGCCCAGAUAAAGCCAUACUUUUCUCCUUUGCCUAUUGUCUGCUACCAGGUCUCGCCAUAGCUGCCUCUCUCUUUUGCAGAGCUCCUCUUGUGUUUCUGAUUCCCUGCUAACUGUUGACAUAGACUCUCCAGGAAUCUCUAAUGCUUUCUCUUUCUUCUCCCUCUCCCUUCUUUCCCUGAAGAGAAACUAAGAAAACUGGCCUGGGAAAAAGCAUGUUUUAGGGGUUUAUUCCUAGAGGCAGAGGUUGAAGAUGGAAAGAGGGACCCCUGGAGUGCUGACUUGCUGAAUACCAAGGGUGCUACUCAUCCUUGUGAUACCACAUUACUAAUGGGUUUUACCAGUGGGGCAAUGACCUUCACAGACAAUCACCCAAGGCACUCCAGACACAAUCCUGAAGGCCUAGGAACUAUGUAAAGGCAGAUUGUCAUUUCCUACCCUUUAAAGUUUUACCUGCUCCCUGGCUCCUAACCUAUUUCCUCCUAGCAACCAACUUUACCUCUUCUCCUUCCCCAAAGGCUCUUUGUUCCUCUGAGCCUAGACUGAGGUAAAUAAAGCCAAUUUCCCAUUCAGAUCCUGGUCU